GAAAUAUUUUUUCACAAAACAAAACAAAUAAAGCAAAAUUUAUAAUUUUAAAAAUAAUUACAUUAGAACAUAUAAUUAUGCUUCGAUUGUAUACCAGAAAUAUUCAACAGCUAUCACGCUAUCAAAGGAUAAUAAGCUCAACAAAUAUUAACAGAAAAUUCUGUGAGAAAAUUGAAAAAAACGAAAAUCAAGAACAUGCCGCUGAGGAUAAGAAAAUAAGUGGAUUUGCAAAAGCUUUUGAAAAAUUCUCACAACCGGAAGAAAUCAAAGAAGAAAAACUACCUGACCUUCCUUUUGCAACACUUCUUAGGAAUUCUAAUUUCAUCGAUCUUGGAGAUCCACAGAAUAAAGUCGUAGUAGGAAAAAUAUUUCAUGUCGUAGAUGAUGAUUUAUACAUUGACUUUGGCUGGAAAUUCCAUUGUGUUUGUACUCGACCGUCUAAAAAUUCCAGUGCUUAUGUUCGCGGUGCUCGCGUUAAACUACGCGUUAAAGAAUUAGAAUUGUCUACAAGGUUCUUAGGAUCGAACAAAGAUCUCACAAUUUUAGAAGCUGAUUGCCAAAUAAUUGGAUUACUUUCAUCACCUGCGAUAUCCAAGACAAGAGCAGACCAAAUAAUGGACAAAUCUACUUCAGAACAAGAUAUAAUUGCCCAAAAUCAGAGUUUAAUUCAACCAACCCAAUGGAAUUCCAAAGUUUCAUCACUUUUCACCUUCACAAAAGUACAAAGUGACGAUGAAAAAUUCUUUAAAAAUGAACCAAAAGGUCAUCCAACUUCAUCACACCAAUUCAGAAAGACAUCGACCGAAUCUUUCGUUGCGUCACUAAAAAAUUACUCAAAGCGUGUAAGAUUUUACGAUAGAUCUGAACCUGAUGUCCAACGUGAAGUUGAUCAGAAGAAUGUCGAGGAUGUUCUGUUUGAUAUGUUUUGCAAUGAAACGACGGGACUUCUGGCCAUGGGAAAAUUUUUGGCAGCUUUAAGAACAACUGGCAUUCGACGAACUGAUCCGAGGAUAAAUGAAUUAAUGGAAAAUUUGAGGAAAGUUCAUAAAACAAAUAACUACGAAGGUGGAUCACCAGAAACUCAGAACCUCAAUCGUGAAACCUUCAAAGCUGUCAUUGAACCGAACAUUGUUCUUAUCGCUCGUGCAUUUCGUCAUCAAUUUGUCGUUCCUGAUUUUCUUGGAUUCACAAAGGACAUUGAAGAAAUUUAUUGGAAAUGCAAGAGCAAUACUGACGGUAAAGUUGCGUCGUACAUUCCACAACUUGCACGAGUAAAUCCUGAUUAUUGGGGAGUUGCUGUUUGUACUGUCGAUGGUCAAAGAUUCUCUAUCGGUGACGUUCACGUUCCUUUUACUCUUCAAAGUUGCAGUAAACCUUUGACAUAUGCUGUGGCGUUAGAGAAGCUAACGCAGAAAGUUGUUCAUCAAUAUGUUGGUCAAGAACCAAGUGGAAGAAAUUUCAACGAGCUUGUCUUAGACCACAACAAACAACCUCACAAUCCCAUGAUUAAUGCUGGUGCAAUUCUUGUUUGUUCACUUCUUAAAACCCUCGUUAAACCAGAAAUAACUUUGGCAGAAAAAUUUGAUUACACACAAAAUUGGUUUCAAAAAAUGGCGGGUGGUGAAAAUUUUGGAUUCAAUAAUUCAGUUUUUCUUUCGGAACGUGAAGCUGCUGAUCGAAACUAUGCACUUGGAUUCUAUAUGAGAGAACACAAAGUAUUUCCAGAAAAAACUAAUCUUAGAGAAUGUUUGGAUUUCUACUUUCAAAUUUGUUCGAUGGAGACUUGCGCUGACUCGAUGAGCGUCGUGGCAGCAACACUCGCAAAUGGUGGAAUUUGUCCAAUAACUGAUGAAAAAGUAUUCCGUCCUGAAGUUGUUCGUGAUGUUUUAUCGUUGAUGCACUCAUGUGGAAUGUACGAUUACUCGGGACAAUUUGCAUUCAAAGUUGGUUUACCAGCAAAAUCAGGAGUGUGUGGUGGAAUUCUUUUAGUUGUUCCUAACGUCGCCGGAAUCUUCACAUGGAGUCCACCAUUGGAUCCAUGUGGAAACUCAGUUCGUGGAGUUCAAUUUUGUGAAGAAUUGCUGCAAGUUUUCAACUUCCAUCGCUACGAUAAUCUGAAACAUGCAACGAAUAAAAAAGAUCCAAGACGACAUCGAUAUGAAACUAAAGGCCUAUCAAUUGUUAAUCUUCUUUUCUCAGCUGCUUCUGGUGAUGUCACAGCUUUGAGACGACACAAACUUUCAGGAAUGGACAUCACAUUAAGUGAUUAUGAUGGUCGAACAGCACUUCAUCUUGCAGCUGCUGAGGGUCAUUUCGAUUGUGUACAAUUUUUGCUAGAGCAUUGUCAUGUUCCAUGUAAUCCAAAAGAUCGAUGGGGUAACACGCCAUUCGACGAAGCUGAAACAUUUGGACAUGACAAGCUUGCUGAAUAUUUGCGAUCAUUCGAAGAACAAAGUAUGAAUAAUGGUGAGAAAAUUGAUGCGACAAAAGAUUCGUCAACUUUUUCAUUGGAUCAAGUUGGGGAUCCAUUAAAGAAAGCACCAUCAGCCGACAGCUUAUACGAUAAAUCAGAAUCAUCAAGUCCGGUUCCACCAAGUGAGGCUAGUGAAAAGUUCAAUUAAAGAAGCUUAAAUCUAUAUCUGUUUAAAUAAUUUAAAUUGAUUGUUUAUCUCGAAAUUAUUCAUCAUUAAAGGGCGCAAAUUGUCGUCACUUACGUAAGCUUCACUUGGAAGUUAAAAAUUUACGUACGUAAAUUAUCAUAAGUUAAAAGUUUACGUAAUAUUAAUGACGUUCAUAUUCGAGAUGACAAUUUGUGAAAAUCAUCGACAAUAACUCCUUCUUGUUACAAAUAGCUUAUCAUUAAUCAUAUAAAAGAAAAGACAAUAAAUAAAGAAAAAUUGAUGGAAAGAAAUUUCAAUAUUUAU